GCUAAACCCUAAAUCCUCGUAAUAGGAAUCAAAAGAAGGCCGAGACCAGAAAGUGGCUCGCCUUCGUUUCACUUGGUCUGUCGAGGAAAUUCUUUGGCUCCAAGUUUUUGUUUUCUUCGUACUUUCAAUCGGAAGUUUCAGCUCGAAUGGCGACUGUUCCAGUUAAUCCAAAACCAUUCUUGAACAAUCUGACUGGAAAGCCUGUUAUUGUAAAGCUUAAAUGGGGAAUGGAGUACAAAGGCUAUCUUGUGUCAGUUGAUGCCUAUAUGAACUUGCAGCUAGCAAACACUGAAGAAUAUAUUGAUGGACAAUUCACAGGAAAUCUUGGAGAGAUUCUGAUCAGAUGUAAUAAUGUUCUCUAUCUUCGUGGAGUGCCAGAAGACGAAGAAAUUGAAGAUGCUGAACGAGAUUAGAAGUAUGCAGUAGUUUCAAAUUUUGUUGUUGUCAUGCUUGAGAAUUUUUUUAGAUGGGUCAUGCUUGAGAAUUGAUGGCUUCAUAUGAUGACUUUGUUAUAUGAUGUAAUUAAAUCGUCCCUGAUGCAAAACCUUUUUUUUUUUUGCUCGGUAAAAAUGGAAUACCAUGAAUUAACAUGUUCUGGACCUACCUUUACCUUUAUAUCAAUGGCCUAGUCUUUUCCUUUCCA